AUGGCUGAAGCAGCGGCAGGUGCAGCUCAGGCGCUAGAGGGCGCUGCAGGUGCAGUUGCUGGUGCGGCCCGCCAGGCGGCCCCCGUUAUCGACUUCUCGGCCAACGGUUUCUGGGGCGGAGUCACCCUGAAGAUUACAGACCCACGGAUCGCAGCCGGUGUGGUGGUCGGGGCCUCGGCUGUUGGGUUGGCCCUGGCGAUGUCUCGAUUCUACCGAGACAACAGGGACGAUGCUGAUGACGCCAUUCGAGACGUCAUCGAACGGCGCAGACGGCAGAGAAGGCGCCCCCGGCGGGAUGGAGGGGAACUGCAGCCGGAUCCGGAAGUCGUUGCCAUCGAGGAGGGCUCGCUCUACGUGCACGUCGGCUUCCGUACCGAGGACGGCUACGACUUCUUCAGCGCGCUGUACGACCAAGAGUACAUCCAGACGCGUCUGAAGGCGGAGUUCAAGACGCUGGGGUUCCAAGGUGAGCUUAAGGUCAUCCUGGAGAGAAGCCAGGUGCCGGGUCGGGAGAAGGAGCGGGCGGGGAGGGUGGACCCGGGGGUGGCAGAGAUGUUCAGGAGGAUGAGGAUCCGUGACACGAGUUUCCAUCCCACCACCACACUACUGACUGAAAGUGAGUCUGGUAUAGAGACGGCCUCCGUGUCCGCUCAGUCCGGAGUGUCGUCAGAAGACGUGCCCGAGGGGCCUUUCAGGCGGUUCCGUCUCCCUCUACAGCCGUACCGGGAUUCCCCUACAGCCCAGCGUCACAUCCAGGCCUGCAGAACCUUAGAGAGGGGAGCCGAGCUGCUGACCGGCAGUGGGUACACAGAUCCAGCCGGACUUACCUUGCUGGUGGAGGGUCUCGUAAUGUGGGAACUUUUCGACGACGGAAGUUGUCAUUACUUCCUUUACGACCCCGAUAAUCUCCAGUUGGACAAGAAGCGACUGAAUAAUUUAACAUCCACCCAGCUGGAGCACAGCCCAGGCGACAGUUCCUGCCUGUUCCUACAGGCGGCGCUGCUCCCUGAUGGAGACAGCCGUGUUGAACGUCUCCGUCAGACCGUGAACACCAUCCUACAGAACGGCGAGGAAGACCCGCUCCACCCGUACCUCCAUAACAUCUCCUGCAUGCUGGCACUUUCCAUAUGGGAAAACACCGGCCAGCCUGGCCCUGCCCUUGCUGCCUUCGCCACAGCGCUGAUGUACAAGUCUGAUCACCCGGUCACCUUAUACUGGACCGCUCUGUGUUCCAUGGAUGUUUCAAAGUCAGACGCCAUUCAGCAGUUCCACCAGUACCUGCGUGUAGCGCCUCCUUGCGACGUAGCUGUGCCACAUGCUCAUUACCACCUGACCGUCCUGUACGGUGAACAGCAGCCGGUGGAUCGGGAGAAGGUGGAGGCUCACUACAGGUGGGGGCAGGAGGCCGAGAAGAACAGGCUGCCUGUGUUACCUGAUGUACCAGAGUCUUUUAAAGAUGACGCGAAUGAGGCUUACAUCAGAGCAACCAGUACCAACAUGUAA